UGGCAAACCAUAUGAAAGAGUCAUUCAUUUUGUUAUUGAAUUAAAUAAUAGUUUUUAUUUGCAAACAAUUGAAAGUCAAUUAAACAUAUAGUUUGCGAUUUAGUGACAAAAUCAAUACAAUUGUCAUCAAAUUUUGGACACAUUUGGUCAGAAAAUUAUUUUUUAGAGCGAUUACUUACAAUAAUUUAGUAUUAAAACAAGUGUGCCAUCAGUGGUAAUGUAUAACGGGAUCGGUUUAAACUCUGCCCGAGGAAGUGGUACUAAUGGUUACGUCCAGAAGAAUCUGUCAUUUGUUAAGGCAGUGAAAGAUAAGUUUCAAUAUAAGAGUGAGGAUGACUUCAAACGGCUGGAAAGGGAGUUAUGUAAAGUUCCCAACAAAGAUAUAUUAGAGCACCAAAACAAACGACAAAUUGAAUUGAAAUGUCUUCAAAUGCAAGACAAUAUGGAAAUGCAAGGGUUUUCACCCGAAGAAAUUGAGACAAAAGUUCGAGAAUUUAGAGAGACUUUAAUGAAACAAAAGGACAGACAAAAAGAAGAUUCUUCGAAACGAAGGGAUUUAGUGAGAGAUUGGUUUCGGGAAGAAUCGGAUAAAAAUGUUAAAGAAACUCAUAAAUUGGCGGAAAUGAACCACAAAAAGAAUGAUAACUUGAAGAAUGCGUUGAGAAUUAACUCCAACUUUAUUGAGGGUUCAUCACUGGAUCCAACCCGUAAAGCCAAAGAGGCGUUGGCCAGAGAGGCAGAAAAACAGAAACGUUAUGCCAUAAUACCUGAACCAUUGGAUGAACCAGUGAUUAAAGUCGAUGAAAAUAAGAGUAAAAUUAAAGAAAAACGAAAGGAGAGAUCACAUAAAAAGCGUUACUCUGAUAGCGAUGGUUCGGAUUCAAAGAAUGAUUCGGAUUCAGACAGUGAAUCCUCAGAUGACAGUUCCAAAAGAAAGCGUAAAAACAAAUCCAAACAUAGAAAGAGUUCGAAGAAACGUAAAAGUAGUAAAAACAAUAAAAGUAAAGACAAAACUUCUAAAAAACGCAAAUAUAGUAAUUCUUCGUCAUCUGAUUCAGACUCUGGUUCUGAAAGUAGUAGUAAUUCCGAUAGUGAUAGCAGUGAUUCUUCCAGUUCUUCUUAUCACAAAUCACGAAAUGGCCACAAGAAAAGUGAUUCAAAGAAAGAUUACCGACAAAGACCAAAACGAAGAUCUUAUUCGAAAGAAAGGGAUGAUUAUAAUCCUAAAUCAACUAAAGAUUAUAAGGAUUCGACUCAUAAAAAGGAUAACAACAAUGAAUCAAACAAAACGAGUCGUUUGAUUGAAAUGAAUAUCAAACAAAUGAGAAAAGAAGCCGAAAAUACAUUAAUUGAAAAAUCAAAUGAUAAACGAAAUGAAAGGACUAAAGAUGUAAAAAAAAACUCAAGUCCUCCUCCAAGACAUCGAUCUUAUUCGCGAUCGAAAUCUCGUACAAGUGUUUCGUCAGAAGACGAACCAAAGUCGAAGCGAUUGAAGAGUACUGUCGUUGAGACAAAUCCUAUCAAUAAAAACAAAGAGAUUCCAAAAAGUUAUUUGAGUCAUCACGAGAACAAAAGAUCACAUUCAAGAAAUGAUCGUUCAGUUAGUGCCGACCGAAGAUCAAGGCAUUCAAGUCACUCGAAUAGAUCCCGAUCAUCAUCUGUUCGCUCCAAUGAUUCAAGACAUUCAAAUAAAAGCUAUUCAUCUUCAAAAUCUGAUUCUUCGGAAUCAUUGCCAUCACGAAAGGGCAGUAGAAGUCCAUCAAUUCCUCGAAGGAAAGGAUCGCCGAGUUUUUUGGAGAAACGAAGAAUAACGAGGUAUUAGAGGAUUAAAUGGGCUGCAAAUCAAUCAUUAAUUUGUUUGAGAUUUUUAUUUCUAUAUCAUUAAAAUUUAUGUAUUUUAUUUGAUUUAUUUUUGCAAUUAAUGUUUAAUCAUAUUCACCUUUUU